ACUUUCAGGAAAAAAAAGUUGUGGCAAUAUGAGUAGCUAGUUUUAAGACUUUUAGUGCCUAUGCACAUGUCGAGUCUGUUUGUCUUUUAGUUUGGUGGCCAGUGUAAAAGAAAAUGCAAUAAAAUACAUGGAGAUGCUGGAGGAUAAACUGCAUAGCUGUGGGAGCCAGCUGCUCCAGAGAGUGUGGGAAGCUGAUUUGGAGGCCUGUCAGCUGUUGAUCCAAGGGUUUCAACUGAAGGAAGCUGGUUGCUGUGUUUGUGAGGAAGAGGAGAAUCAAAUGGAUGAGAUGGAGGUAAUUGGUGAUGGCCCUCCUGAGUCUCAAAGAAGAAAAGAAAGUCAUUUUCCAAAGAGCACGGAGUGGGGCCCUGCUUCAUGCCCCAAGCACAGUGAACGAAAAGAGGUUUUGGAAGAUAUUUCAUUUGGAGCAGAGGGUCAUUUAUCUGAGGAGUUCUACAUAUUUUCUGCAGAGCUGGGGAAAAAGUGUGAAGCAAUAAGUGAGAAAUUGGUGCAUCUGGAAGAUCAACUGCAAACUUCGGUCUGCAAAGUUGAUGAUGGAGUUAUUCAGUCUCUGCAAAGGGAGAUCCAGGUGGUGAAGGAGACGCUCCAGACCGCGCUGGUGCAACUUCAGCCAGGCAGGGAGGCAGGAGAAGAAAAGGCUGGAGACUCCCUCUGUGACAGCUGGUGUCCAAGAAAACAAGACCUGCAGGAAUAACGAGCAGGAAGAGCUGGUAGGAUGACAUUAAUUCGCAAAGGACUGCUUUUAGUAACUGAAUACUGUUUUACCAAGCCUCAGGGAUCUCUUCUCUCCUUGCAUAACUAAUAACUAAAUCAAUUAUGAAGAAGCAGAGCCCGGAGGUCUAUCAUCUGAAGGAUUCUACACAGCCUCACAUGUUUUGGCACAGAUUGAGAAACAGCUUUCAGAGCAGAGCAUCUCCUGUAAAUGUGUAGAUUACAAAUUGAUACAUUUUAAGUGAGUCUGCAAAGUUGCCUUUAAUGUCAGUGAAAUGUUCUCCUAGAAGACUCAUAAACAAUAUUUGUCUUCCUUAGUCACAGAUUUUUCUCCCCAAUUUAAAACCAUAACAUUAAAGCUGGUACAUCUAGUAUUUCUUGAAAAAUAGUUGUAAGAAUAUAAGCACUUUUCUUUCUCUGACUUUAACAGCUUUCUUAUACUCAACAUAUUUUUGCAUCCCUGCCAAUAAUUAAAUCAAUAGGAUGAAAUUCCAGCUAGCCAAGUUCUUUCAACAGAAGUUUGGACCUCAUUUACUCAGUGGUACGGAGAACAGUGGAGGUAACUAAGAGCAGCCCCUAUCCUACAGCAGUGGUUUGACUGUUUUCAUGUAGAUGUUAAUAUAAACUUGCUUUGAUAUUACAGGGGUUAUAAAGCA